UGGCAGGAAGCGCCGCCGCGCGUGGCUCCCUUUGUGGCAGCCGCCAUGGCGGCCGAGCGGGCUCCGCCGGUCCGGGCCCAAAGUCCGCCCUCUCCUCCCGCUCCCGGAGCCGCCUCCGCCGCCUCCGAAGCCCCGGUACGAACCGGGCUGAGCCUGCCGGGCAUCCUGCACUUCAUCCAGCACGAGUGGGCGCGCUUCGAGGCGGAGAAAGGGCGGUGGGAAGCGGAGAGGGCCGAGCUGCAGGCACAGGUGGCGUUCCUGCAGGGUGAGAGGAAGGGACAGGAGCACCUCAAGCUGGAUCUCGUGCGCCGAAUCCGGAUGUUGGAAUUUGCUCUCAAGCAGGAAAGGUGCAGGUACCAGAAGCUGAAAUUCGGGCCCGAGGCGCCGGGGGGAAACGCCCCCAGGAGCCACGUUUAA